GAAAGUUGAAAACGUGAGGGGGAGAAACACUCGUUCAACUCGGUCUCAAUAAUUUUCCCUCCCUCUUCCUCCAGUUUCCCUCAUUUUCUCUCUCUUAUAGGGUUUGCCUGUUCUUCCCCCUCCCAAACAACAGCCAAAACGAAAAAGGAAAAAAUACAAUGAGUAACAACAAGGACAACUUGGACUUGUCUGAUCUCGACUCCGCUCUCCCAGCCGCUGCCGCCGCUCUUAGUGAGGAGGAUCGAGCUGGUCUUGUUAAUGCGCUUAAGGAUAAGAUUCAGAGUUUGGCUGUGGGGAGCUCAGAUAUUCUAGAAACCCUGUCACCCCAAGUCAGGAAGCGUGUUGAGGUUCUGAGAGAGAUUCAGAGCCAACAUGACGAGCUUGAGGCAAAAUUCUUUGAGGAGAGAGCAGCGCUGGAGGCUAAAUACCAGAAGCUUUAUGAACCACUUUACAUGAAGAGAUACGAGAUCGUGAAUGGUGUAGUUGAAGUUGGAGGAGUUGCAAAAGAAGCUGCUGUGGACCAAGAAGGGGACAAAGCUGCGGAAGAGAAAGGGGUGCCUGACUUCUGGCUUACAGCUAUGAAGACUAAUGAAGUAUUAGCUGAGGAGAUCACAGAGAAUGAUGAAGGGGCUCUGAAGUACCUCAAAGAUGUCAAGUGGCAUAGAAUUGACAACCCAAGAGGUUUUAAGCUGGAGUUCUUCUUUGAUCCUAAUCCCUAUUUCAAAAACUCCAUCCUUACAAAAACAUAUCACAUGAUUGAUGAUGAUGAGCCUAUAUUGGAGAAAGCGAUUGGGACGGAGAUUGAAUGGUAUCCUGGGAAAAGCUUGACGCAGAAGCUCCUGAAGAAGAAGCCAAGAAAGGGAUCAAAGAAUGCCAAACCCAUCACCAAAACUGAGAGUUGUCAAAGCUUCUUCAACUUCUUUAACCCUCCACAGGUUCCUGAGGAUGAUGAUGAUCUUGAUGAAGAUGCUGCUGAAGAGCUCCAAAAUCAAAUGGAGCAGGACUACGACAUUGGAUCAACAAUCCGGGAUAAAAUCAUCCCUCAUGCAGUGUCAUGGUUUACGGGGGAGGCUGCACAGGAGGAGUAUGAGGAUGUUGGAGAUGAUGAUGAUGAGGGGGAUGAUGAGAAUGAAGAGGAUGAGGACGAGGAUGAGGAUGAGGAUGAAGAUGACAACGAUGAUGACGAUGAAGACGACGAGGAAGAGGAAGGCAAGGGCAGGAAGAAGUUAUCAACUGGACCCAAGAAAAGUGGAAGGACACAAGCUGGGGAGCAAGGUGAGCGACCUCCAGAAUGCAAGCAGCAGUAGUGUAUUUAUUUGCAUUUUUUUUUUCCUGUCUUUUCUCCCUUUCCGGCUUUUAUGGAGUCCCUCACAUUUAUUACCCACUAUUUGUAUGGAUAUUAACUUAUUGAUUGCUUUGUAAAAUGUACGGUAGUUUCUUCGGUGGUUAGUUCCAUCCAACAUUGAACAAUGGACCUUUGUAAAUUCACCAAAACAACACAUGUCAUUUUACGAAAAGGGUUUAUUGAAAGUGAUAUAAUGGAGCUGAGGAGUAUGUA